GCCUUAUCAUCCCAUUCCAAACAUCCAAGAAAGCCAAGCAGAAGCCACUCACCCGAUGACGAAGCCUCAUUCAUCAUCGUUCGUCCUCGUUCGUAGCUUCAUACCAUAUCAGCCAAGAACGGCUGGGCUCAUCACCACUAUCAUUGCAUGCAUUGUGUCGUUAUCUGCUGAGUGGCUUGGCUGUGCGAGCCAUACAUACCAGAGCUCGAGAGCUCGUUUGUUGACUCGUUGCCACAAUAAGAAUACACAUAGCCAACUAACCGUCUACUAUAGCUGUUCCAACCAACGAACAAACGAACAUGAGCCACCCAACCAACUAAUAACUAAUCGUGAGAAGUAUCGAUGAAUGAGCCUCAAUAGGCAAAGUCCCACGAGUUAUGAUUAAACCCGAGUCCGAGCGGAGAUUCGAAACCUUUCAAACCUAGAUAACUAAACGCCCACUUACUAA